AUGAUUCGGCAUUACAAGAUCAACUUAUAUCGUUCAGGAGUGGCCGCGCACAUAAAGUUGCUAUUAAAACUAAUCCAAGAUCACAAAGAAGCCUGUGGAAAAGAGAAAAACGACCGCCGGAGAAUGCUGAGGGUUGCCACAAUGAUGACCAUUCUUGAUACCGUGAGGGCCAGAAUUCAGAAAUGUCAGUCUUUUGGCAAAAGAAAACCAGAGCUCCGGCGGUGCAACACAGACCUGAAGGCUAACCAGAGCAGCAGCGGUGAUGCGGCGGUGGUGGAUGAGAAAGAGAAGCUGAGAAGAGAGCUGUCUGCCAGCCUGGCAACCCGUAAAAGCCUAGAAAUCAUGUGUUCUAGUUUGGGAAAAGAAAAGGAGAUAAUGGCUGCAGAACUAUCGAGAAAGGUACAAGAACUGAAAGGGUUGGAGGAACUCUUGGAUGACCUCAAAGCACAAAAUCAGAUAUUGCUCGACAAAGUACGAAAACGUGUGAUUUAGAAACAAAUUUUAUAUUUUUUUUAUCUGCAUUGAGAUUCCUAAUAAAAAAAAAGUUCAUCU